UUGGUUUUCAAAAAGAGAGAGAGAGAGAGAGAGAGAGAGAGAGAGAUGGGCAAGAGGAUAGAAGGAAUCCUUCACAUGGUCGGAGGAGCUGGGGAAACCAGCUACGCCUCCAAUUCUAAGUUUCAGGUAGUGUUGAACACCCCAACUGUUUGCAUGAACUUAAACAACUUACACUUGCGUAGGCGUCAGCAUAUCUUUUCACUGGUUUGCUAACUGCGUCCCAGGAGAAGGUACUUCACAUGGCGAAGCCAAUACUGGAGGAGGCAAUCGGAGGGGUUUACAUGUCGCUGCUCCCCGAGAGGAUGGCGGUGGUCGACUUAGGUUGUUCCUCGGGCCCUAACACUUUGGAGGUGGUCUCCGAGGUGCUCGACGUGAUUGGCAAGCUACGGCGGAGCCUGGGACGCCAGGAGAUGCCGGAGAUCCUGUUCUUCUUGAAUGACCUCCCGGGGAAUGACUUCAAUCACGUCUUCCGGUCUCUGGGAGAUUACAAGAGGAAGGUCGAGGAGGAGAAGGGGAAGCUGCUGGUGCCAUACUACGUCGUGGGAGUUCCAGGCUCCUUCUACGGCAGGCUUUUCCCUUGUCAAAGUGUCCACUUCUUCAACGCUUCCUGUUGUCUCAACUGGCUCUCUCAGGUUCCUGAAGGUGAACAGGGAGUUCCACUCAACAAUAAGAACAUCUAUGUUUCAGAGACAAGCCCACUGGAAGUUGUUAAAGCAUAUCAAGACCAACACCAAAGAGACUUGUCAGGGUUCCUUAGGUGCCGUCAUGCAGAACUAAGCUACGGAGCAAGAAUGGUAUUGUCAUUUCUAGGAAGGAAAGGGAGUUAUCCACCCUCGGGAGAUGUGGGAUACUUUUACGGCCUGUUAGCCGAAGCCCUGAGUGCUUUGGUGUCACAGUUCUUCUUAAAUGACCUUCCGAGGAACGACUUCAAUCACGUUUUCCGGUCUCUGGGCGAGUACAAGAGGAAGGUCGAGCAAGAGAAGGGGAAUCUGCUGGUGCCCUAUACGUGGUGGGAGUGCCGGGCUCCUUCUACGGCAGGCUUUUCCCACGUCGGAGCGUCCACUUCUUUCAUUGUUCUGGAUCUCUCAACUGGCUCUCUCAGGUUCCUCAAGGACUCGACACCGAACGGGGUGCCUCACUCAACAACAAGAACAUCUACAUUACAGAGACAAGCCCACCGGAGGUUGUGAAAGCAUAUCAACAGCAAUUCCUAAGAGACCUUUCAGAAUUUCUCAGGUGUCGGCAUGCAGAACUCUGCUACGAAGGCAGACUGGUGAUUUCAUUUGGAGGCAGGAAAAGUAAUUGCCCGACCUACGGACAGAUGAGACACCUCUGGGGACUCUUAGCUGAGGCCCUGAAUGCUUUGGUGUUAGAGGUAAGAAGUAACAUCGAUUGAUGACAUCGUGACAACUGAUUCAUCGAGUUAUUUACGUAUCAAAUCCAGGGAAUGAUAGAGGAGGACAAACUGGUAACCUUCAAUCUGCCACGUUAUGCGCCUUCCAUGGAAGAAGUGAAGGCAGUCAUCCAUGGUGAUGGUCUGUUCGAUGUAGAAGAAGCACAAGCACUAGACAUUUCGUCGAACACCAAAGAGCGCUGUCCUCCUUGGGCAGUAAACCACCAUCUUGUAGACUAUAUACAGAGUCCGGGGGCUCAAAACUUAGCAUUCCAAGCACCACAAUUACUUAGAAGAAGAGAGAGAGACAUCCACUUGAUUGCAUUCAAGUAGACUAAGAUAUGUGCCUGCCAGAUGACAAGCUUUUGGAAGAGAGAGGCAUCCUCACGAGUUCAUCUUCAUGGAUACAGGGACAUUUGAUGUCCAAUAGAGAAUGAUACCAAGUGUACACAAAAUUGGAGUAACUUCAAAAACAUAAAAGAAUUCCAUCUGUGUAGAGCGAAUUCUGUACCAGUAGAGGACUGGAGAGAAACUCCCCAAUAUUUCUGCAUGCAUCUUGUAGAUGCAGCCUUGUCAAUAUAAAUUCUGGAAAAAGAAACAAGGAUUUAGCACCAGAAAAAUAAAAACA